CGAAAUCAGUCGAAGUAGAGAGAAAAGCUGGCGUAUUAAUAACCGAUUUUAUAGCCGUUUAUUAUGUUUACAUUCGCCGUGAAUACAUACAUUUUUUCAAUAAAGCCGUCGUAACGCGACAAUAAAAGCCGAUAACGCCGCGAUAUUGGAAAAUUCAAAUUUAUAACCGAUAAAACGGUUACAAUCCCGCUGAUAUGCAUUUACUUACUGUUCAAACGCGCUCGAAAAUCCAUCCGAAAUGGGGUUAAUACCCGAAAAAAAGUGCUUCAAGCAACCCUCCAAACUGAUCAAAUUCAUCAUACUGUUCCUCUGCGCCAUAUUCACCAGCAUGCAGGUAGGCCAAUGCUUCCAGAAAUUCUUCCACCCCAGCACCUCCACUUACAUGUCGUUCAUCCUGAACGAAAGCGUGAAAUACCCCUGCUUGACCAUAUGCAGGAGGCCUCCUUACAAAACGGACCUCUACCCGAAAUUCGGCAUUUCGCAUUUCCGGCUCGACACCGCCUUCACCUUUCGAUUCUUCAACUUCUCCGAGUAUUCUCUCAGCGACUUCUUCCACGCCACCACCUACAACUUCACCGAAGUCUUCGCCCAGGUCGCCUACGCCUCCGUGGGGUACCUCCCGCAAGGCGAGGGCUCCUCAGAAACUGUGAAGGUGACCUCUUCGUUCCACUUCUACCGGGGCAGGUGCUUCACUUUCCAGCCACUAACUACAUCGGAUAUAUUCUCGCUGGACGGUGGUUACGCCUUUCUGAUGUACCACAACAAAACCACCGAAGUGAACGAAGCUGGGGUAUCUGCACAUGGGUAUCAAAUCUACCUGCACGAUCCCAACGAAGCUGUCACGUAUACGGAGGACGAGCGUAACAAUUUCCUGGAGAUCCUGCACGUCGAGGCCGACGAGGAUAUGCGGGUUAAAUUCGAGAUACAGGAGUUCGGAAGGAUACCAACUAAAGAGAACCGGUGCGUUGCCAACCCGGAUUACAGCAAAUCUAAGUGCGAGAAUAUGUGCGUGAACCAACAAAUAGCGCAGAGAUACAACUGCACGGCUCCUUUUCUGGAUCUACCCGAAGGCGUGAGUUUUCCCGAAUGUUCCAGUUUCUACAAAGUGCGCUACUUAAUCAGAGACAUAGUCAGCAAGACAGUGUGGAAGUCAGUGGUGCAAAAUUGCGACUGUCCCAUGGCGUGCAAUUACACGGUGUACAAAACCUCGAUAAUCAACAGGAGGGAGGUGCACGAGACGAUGGCGCCCAAUAGUUUGUUUUAUUUGUACAGCACCAAUUUGGUGUUUAGGAUGACCGAGGUGUUGGGAUAUGAUUUGAACCAGCUGUUGUCGGACGUCGGGGGAUCUUUGGGGUUUUUGUUAGGUUUGUCUGUGAUCAGCCUCAUUUGCCUUUGCGAAGAAAUAUUCGAGCUGGCGUUCAAGUACAUAUUCAAGAGGAAAGCCAAAACUGAAACAGGUGAUAGUAAUCGCGAAAUAGUUGGUGCAGAAGAACAAGACGAAUCCAAAUUUGGUAACGAAAUCUACAGGAAUGUAGCAGUAAAAUAUUAACCAAACAGAAGAAAUAACAACUAUAUUUACCUAUGUGUGUG